AUGUUAAGUAGCAAUACAUCGUCUAGCACAAAUAAUAAUAAUAAUCUACAGAGUAACAAUAAUUCCUAUGCCGAUGGUAGUCUUAUGCAACAACAGCAACAACAAUAUGCUGCUGCUGAAGCAGCCCUCGGUACUUAUGCGGCCAAUAUGAUGUUCCCCGGUGGAAAAUAUCAUACGCAACAUCAUCAACAAAAUCAUCCGCAACAACAACAACACAACAACAAUCAUCAGCAUAUGCGGCAGCAACAUCAAAUCAAAGCUCAAAUACAACAACAAAGCAAUUAUAAUUUCCAUAUGGGUGGCAUGCCACCUGGCUUUGCAUCAGCACAUUCCCAAGCCGCUCUAGCAGCGGCCACAGCUGCUGCCGCAGCUGGUUACAUGACACCCACCGCCCAUCAGGCACCACCAUCUUUGAUGCAAACGGCCGCCCAUCAGCAACAAUUGCAUCAGCAACAACAGCAACAGCAACAAAGUCAUCAUCAACAGCAGCAACAUGUUGCUACAGCUGCACAUCAUCAACAUAGUAGUAGCGCUGCACAAAGUGUAUUCGCUGCUAGAAAUCUUCCAUUUGCUGGAUAUGACUACAAUUAUCGAGCCGGAGGGUAUCUAUAA